AUGGAAGGAGCCCGCACAAGCGACGAGGUCAUGGAGAAGAGACUUGACAAAUACCUCAGGGUCGUCAAGUUUGAUCUCAAGGACACAAUCAACAAGGAUUACAAAUUUCGCUCGAAACAUGACCUCAAGAGACUGUUGAGUUUCUUACGCGAAGCAGCCAUAAUCGAAUACAGGUCCGUCGAAGCUGAAAAUCGACAUUCAGAUGAGGAAUCAUUGCCGCUCCAUGACUCUGAAAGGCUAUCCUCCCACCUCGGUGAUGUUUUAUUCUGCGAAGGUUGGCGCGGUGGCACUCAAAUCGAUUCCUUCGACCAAAUUGUUCAACUUGUGCAAGGAAGCUCGGAGAAAAUUUCCGACUAUGGACUCAAAUUAUAUGACAUUGGCUCCUUUCUUGAGGAAAAGUUCUCUCCGAUUCUGAUGGCCGCCUGGAUUGCAGGGCUGUCCGAUCACAGGAUAUCCGCGACAAUGAAGACUUUCUCAUAUUUAGAAGAAUUCAGCUUCAGCGAGAUAAUCGAAUGUGCAAAGUUUCUGAAGAAGGUCUUCAAGCUUCAAGCUCACAUCACGACUGCUGCCCAGGCCCUGGAAUCCGUUCGAUCUAUGAAAAAAUUUCGAGGAAUAGGCUACUCGAACCCGGUGGAAGACUUGCUCAAACAGCUUGACAAGGAUCUGGCAAAAUGCAUUGCACGGUUCAAAGUCUUCGAAGACAAAAUCACCAUGUUGGGUGGAUCAACAAACACAUCUGGACCUGUUACCUCACCGCAGUAA